CAUAGUGUUUAUCAUGUGAAAUGGACUCAGAAUCACUCCCACCUCUCAGCCAUCCUCUUGUCUGCCCCCUAUGCCAACCGGCGUGGUUCAUUCCUCAUGCUCACUGUGUGUGUCUGUGUCUGUGUGUGUGUAUGUGUGUGUGUAGUCAAGCCACACUAAACCACACUGAGCCAUCAGUCCCCCCUACACCCCAGGCGGCGAUGGAUGCAUGCAAACCACGCACGCAGCACCUUCUGCCGCACUACUACUUGACGCUGCACCGCUGAACGGGAUGCAGAAUGAGUCGACUUCCGUCUCAGAACCGUCUACCAUGACGUAUCCCAACGGCAGCGUGGCGAACGCCAGCGGCCACGCCCCUGAAAACGACAUCUACCGGCCCUUCUCCCUGUUCAGCGUGCUCACCCUGACCCUGCUGGCCAUGCUGGCCGUGGCCACCUUCGUGUGGAACCUGCUGGUGCUGCUCACCAUCCUGCGAGUGCGCACGUUCCACCGGGUGCCGCACAACUUGGUGGCGUCCAUGGCCAUCUCCGACGUGAUGGUGGCGGCGCUGGUGAUGCCGCUGAGCCUGGUGCACGAGCUGAACGGACGCCUGUGGAAGCUGGGCCGCGUCCUCUGCCAGGUAUGGAUCUCCUUCGACGUGCUGUGCUGCACGGCCAGCAUCUGGAACGUGACGGCCAUCGCUCUGGACCGCUACUGGUCCAUCACGCGCCACCUGGAGUACACGCUCAAGACGCGCAAGAAGAUCUCCAACGUGAUGAUCGCCCUCACGUGGCUGCUGUCAUCCAUCAUCUCGCUAUCGCCGCUCUUCGGCUGGGGCGAGACGUACACCGAGGGCAUGAAGUGCCAGGUGAGCCAGGAGCCGUCGUACACCAUCUUCUCCACGUUCGGCGCCUUCUACCUGCCGCUCUGUGUGGUGCUCUUCGUCUACUGGAAGAUCUACAAGGCGGCCAAGUUCCGGAUCGGCUCUCGCAAGAGCAACACCAUCACGCCCAUGGCAGAGGUGAAAGAGGAGGCUCGGCAGCCCCAGAUGGUGUUCACGGCGCGGCACGCCACCGUCACCUUCCAGACGGACGGCGACACGUGGCGCGAGCAAAAGGAGAAGAAGGCGGCGCUAAUGGUGGGGAUCCUGAUCGGCGUCUUCGUGCUCUGCUGGAUCCCGUUCUUCAUCACCGAGCUCAUCGUGCCGCUGUGCUCCUGUGACAUCCCGCCCAUCUGGAAGAGCAUCUUCCUGUGGCUCGGCUACUCCAACUCCUUCUUCAACCCGCUCAUCUACACCGCCUUCAACAAGAACUACAACAACGCCCUGAGGAACCUCUUCUCCAGGCAGCGUUGACCCAGAGACUGCAUCCCAGACACUUCCCCCAAACCCCUGUCGUUUUUAUGGAACCUCCCAGCCGGACUCCUCAAAGAGACGAAUAAAUGUCCUCGUUAUAAGGAAAAGUGCUUUGGAAGUACCCCGAUAUGCCGCCGGAUAUUGGUUCAAAGGAGAGUCGGGAGACAUACAAACAGACGUUUUGACUGCCGAGGUAGUCAUUGGUGAAUGUCAAAGAGUGCUCCAUAGGUAUACAAAAUCAGGCUCCACGCAGUUUGACUGAUGCUUCCGGGGCAAUUAUUGUGGCUGGGAGCUGACAAAUGAAAGAAACAGGAUGCACUGAACCUAAUGAAGUCACAGCUGGAGGUACACCUGCACUAUCAAAUGGUGUUCGCUAUAGAAGACUCCAAUAAGGAUGCAAUGUUUCUCCGUUCAAAUAUGCUCAAAAGUGUUCCCCAAGCAAAAUCAGUUUCACUUUGCAACCUGAAAUUUGGUAGGCGAUGUCUAUCGUAACUCAGACUACAAUCACAAAAGGGUCUCAAGGGUCAUUUUGGCCAUUUCCACAGGUCCUUCAAAAUGAACUUCUAGACCAGCGGUUCUAAAAUGUCACCCUGGGACCCGCAUUUUCCAAUUGUUGCAAAGUCGCGACACACUUUCAUAUACGUGAAGAACAAUAAAGAGUCGAAAAAUAGCCUCUGAAAACAGAAAGAGCCUAGAAAUACACCGAGAUUUUACGACUAGGUGGGGUUCACUGUACAACUAUAUUUCCUUCAUACAAAGUGGUCAUUGGUUCUACACCACCGUAAAACCUACAGCCACAAUAAUUAAGAAAUUGUCACAUUAUGAUUGAACUCUAUCUUUGUAAAAGUGGACUCAUUAGAUGUGCAGGUGUACCUAAUUGUGUGUCGUGGGACUGUUCCAAUUAAACACUUGCCAGAUCGGAGACAAUAUUGGAUUUGAGAUCAGAGAAGUCUCCACCAUUAGCCACGGGGUAUUUCAAUGGUGUCCCACAUAUUGUGUUAAAUCCCAUUCACUUUGUUUUCCCCGUCAGUAUUCCUAAGACUCUUUUUCUCAAACAACUCAUUUGCAACUUCAACCGUUGCAAGCAGCAUCACGGGAAUUUCCCUUGUGCCAGAUGCAGCAAAAAUGAAUUCUUAGGUGGGCGUGUAUUAAAAACGUUUUGCAUGGGGUUUCAAUUGACUCCUCUUUGUCCUCAUUAUUUCACGGCACACUGCGAUUGACGCAAAAGGACGCAAAAUGUAAUUUGUCACCUGUCUGCUCGCCGGCUUUAUUGCUGCAUGCAUGGCGAAGGUAACAAAAGAAGAAGCAAGUUUUCAUAUUCAGACUUUGUCUUCUUGUGCAAUGCCGCAUAGCUUGAGGUAAGUGAGAAUUAAUAGAGGGAUGUAGGAAGAAUACACAAAGAAUUGAACGCUAGGUUUGUACAGCUGCCGUGUUAUUUAGUUAACAAAUAAUAUCCCCCCCCCAUGGCAAAAUCACAUUUCUUUAAUAAUCUUGUCUACGAUAUAAGCAAGGGUUUGAGCUAAUUAGGAUGGUAACACUGCGACUCAGCUUUCACAAUGGUAGGAAUGUUGCAAACUUUCCAUGGGAAUUUACAGGAAUAAAUCAAAGCCAAAAUUGACACUUUUUUGGGGGGGGGGAACUCAGCCCCAGGAGUCAGUUUCACUUGCCAAUAUGAAAUUCAAUAGGCAGACCCACAAAAAAAGUCCCAAGAACCCCUGCCCAAAACGGCGAAAACGCACAGCAAGUCUGUCAUUUUGGUUUGAAACUGCCGUUUUAGGGUCUUUAUGACCAUUUCCGGGGGUUCUGCAAAAAUACAAAAGUACUUCAAAAGAUUAUAUCUGAUUGUUGCCAAAUGUGAAACACUUAUACUAGAAAAAUGGACGACACUAAGUGGCAAAAAAGUUGCACAAUUGCCAAAUUGUGUAAUUUGGUCAAUUUCCCGGGGCUGGUCAGAAACUAACUACACAGAGAUUUUAUCCGAACGCAACACAUUUGAACCACAUAAACCAGACAAAUGAUUUGCCAGAAAGUUUCUAGAAAUUUCUAACCAGAAAACCAGAACAUCUGACACAUUUUCAACAACAAACUGACUUUUUAAAAUCACCACAUUCUUAAUAUUUCUUCCACAAAUUCACAUUGACGACUACUGUAGGGACUAGUUGUUGUGUAAUAUCUUUUUUUUCUGUAAUGUGAAAGCAUUUUGCAUUUUGGGGUAAGGUUUCAUUUUCAUAAUAUUCAUGCAAUGACAAAAGAAAUCGUAAUAGCCAAAUUACAGUUAACUAAAACAUUUGUAGGCUGACUACUAAUUGCUGCACAUGGGCAAUUUUGUACGAAAUCCUACAUUUCUGUGAAGUGACGUGUUGUUUAACUAACACAAAUUACACUGAAUCAUCUUUGUACAUGAUGAAACAAACAUUUAAACAAAAAAAUGUCAGCCGACUACUAAUUACAUAGCAUUUUUGUACAAAUUCUUAUUAAAUCUAAGGAGAACAUGCCAAUAGCCAAUAGAAUCCAUUUUAUUUAUCAAAAACAUACAACAUACUAAAUCCUCAUGAGAACAUGCUGACCCUUUAUGACGCUUUCUUGUUUAUUGUUGUGUUUUUGUUUUCACACUAUACCUGUAGCCAACCAUGGAUCCAAUAAUUUUAGUAAGAUUGAUGUCUAUUGGUCCAACAUUUUCUGCCAAUUGGUGUCUCACAUAAUUGACCAACAAUUACAGUGUUUGAUUUUUACACAUUUAAAUAUAAAAUACCUUGUUUUAAGAAUAAAGAAUCAUCAUAAUUAGCCAGCAACCAGUCCAGGGUGUAGGUACCCCACCUUUCACCCAAAGUCAGCUGGGAUUGGCUCCAGCUCACCCACGACCAUAGUCUGGAUAAGCACUAAAGAAAAUGGAUGAAUCAUUUUUUAAAAAUGUUUGGUGAUUACCAACUACAGAACAUUUUUGGACAAAAUCCCACAGAAUUCACAUGAGAACAUUCUGACCAUUUGUUAUGACUGGUGUUGUUGUUUUUUGUUUUGUUUUUUUGUAGAAGAAUGUAGCCAACCAUUUUAAAAAAUAAAUCGAAAAUGGCAUGCAUUCUCUCAUUUUAUAGCCCAAGAUUGUCAUGUGAGUGUGUGUAGCCCCUUACCUUGUUCAGACUGUCAUGUUAAAGAGGAAAUAAAUCACACCUAAAACAAAACGAAAAAAAUGGAAUGGUUUCACUCCGUGUCAAAUUUGACCAUAAUAAAUGUGGGAAUU